AUGAAUAUGGGUCAAGAGCAUUCGUCUGAAAAUAAGGAGAAACUUCAUAACACGGAUCAAGAAUUCACCAAUAUUCAAGAAGUCAUUCCGGAUCAUGGGGACAGAAGUUUCGAGAAGGUGAUGGAGAAGGAAUGCUGUGGAGGUCAAAAGUCGUGCGAGCAGAAGAGCACAGGAAAGAUAAAUCCUAAACCUUGUGUUUGA